AUGAUGAUUUCUCGGACGAUUCAGACGACGGCGACGUCGUGUUCUUCUUUGUCGCGUCAUCAUCAUCAUCAUCGUCGGCAACACGAACGCGUCGUUGGGAGGACGACGAUCAGAGGACGGGAGGUGUUUUGCAGGAGCAGCGUUAGCAACGAGAGUAAAAACGAUGAAGAGAAAGCGAAAACGACAAUAUCGACGACGACAAAAAGUUCUGGUGGAGGAUUAGGAAAAUCCGAAUACCGUCCGGUGUGGGAGAACGACAUCGACGCCGAGUUUCGACGCAAAGAGCGAUUCGAAAAAGAACGACAGCAAGAAGAAGAGAAGAAAUCAAACUCAGGUUUAGGAUUUGGACGGGUGAAUAUGAUGGACGACUUAUCGGUUGACAUCGGCCAGCAAGUGAGGGAGAUUGAAAAGAAGAAGAAGGAAGAAGCGAAGGAGCGAGCGGAGCGAGGGAAACGGUUGAACGCGUUAGAUUUAGCGACGACGGAUAAAGGGGAUUCGAAAUAUAAUUUGGACGGGUGGAACUACGCGCCGACGAAAGCGGAGAGGUCGAGAUGGGCCAACGAGUGGGCGAAAGCGGAACGAGCAAAAGCGGCGAAGAAUCCGAGUUAUCGACCGAUGUCGAGGCAAAUGUUAAACAGGACGAUUAAAGAUUCCGAUUGGAAAAUGAGAAACGACGCCGAUAAGAAAACGCAAGAAACACCAACCGAGUUACAAUUAAGACGAAGGAAAGAAGACGAAAUGCGGUUGGAACAAAGCAAACGCGAUUUAUUCACCGGAACGGCUGGUUUAUGCGUCGCGGGCGGCGUCGGCGCCGUGUUCGCCGGUUCCAACGCGAGCGUCUUAGCCAGUUGGGCCUUGGGUUCCUUCGGAAGUUUACUCUACGUCCGCUUGCUCUCUCAAAAAGCAGACUCCCAAGGCGGCCAAGGCGGUCCACCGACGAUUUUAGUCCCCGUCGUGCUCUUCAUGGCGUUGAACCGAUUCAACGCGUUAGGCGGCGCCGACUUCACCGGUAUAACGCUCACGCCGAUACCGAUGUUGUUGGCUUUCUUCUCCUACAAACCGGCGUCGUUGUUCCAAGGCGUGCGCGAUUUAGUCGCAGACGAGAACGAAAAGACCUACUCCUAA